CUGUCCAUAUCUACACAAGCCAACACGCCAUGUCGCCCAGCCGCCGGUAAUCCCUUAGCCUGCCCUCCCUCUUGUCGCAGUGAAGCAAAUGGCGUCGCUUCUACGCCAGAUCGUAGCAGGCCCUAGGGCCAGGCACCCGGAGGCCGGCCUUGACCUCUGCUACGUCACGGAAAACAUCAUCGCAACGUCCGGCCCGAGUGGCACGUAUCCCCAGCGCGCCUACCGCAACCCGCUCGACUCGCUCGUCAAGUUCCUCGACUCCAAGCACGGCGACGACUGGGCAAUAUGGGAGUUCCGCGCCGAAGGGACGGGGUAUCCCGACUCCGAGGUCUACAACCGCGUGUACCACUACCCGUUCCCUGACCACCAUCCUCCGCCCUUCGCCCUCAUACCCAACAUCAUGGCCUCCAUGCGCAACUGGCUGCGCGAGAAGGAGGGCAGAGUCGUCGUGGUACACUGCAAGGCUGGGAAAGGAAGGAGCGGGACGGCCAGUUGCAGCUACCUCAUCAGCGAAGAGGGCUGGCCCGUAGAGAAGGCGCUGCAGAGAUUCACGGAGCGCAGGAUGAGGCCGAACAUGGGCAAGGGCGUCAGCAUCCCGAGCCAGCUCAGGUGGAUCGGCUAUGUAGACAGGUGGGCCAAGCACGGCAAGAUCUACGUCGAGCGCCAGGUCGAAAUACUCGAGGUCCACUGCUGGGGCUUAAGGGAUGGGGUCAAGAUACAGAUUGAAGGCUUUGUCGAGGACGGCAAGCUCAUUAAAAGAUUCCAUACAUUCACGCGCGAGGAACGGGAGAUUGUCAGAGGCGAGGUCAAGACUACCACCAUGGCCCAGGCCGUGCAGGAAGUCAUGUACAAGAACGGGCUAGGGCUCCCCGCAAGCAAGGCAACAACCGCCAAAGAUAAGACCGAAGCAAAGAUGGAAAGCGAGGGGGAUGCGUUCAAGCGUGCCAAUGAGGGCUUCCUGGAUGGCGCGUCGACGAGCAGAGAGGAAGAGAUCACCGAUGGUGACGUCGUCUUCCGCCCUAAAAAGCGCAUCGUGCUCCCUACCAACGACAUCAAUCUGGACAUCGAGCGCCGCAACAAAGCCGCCUUCGAUGUGACCAUGGUGACAGCCGUAGCUCAUGUGUGGUUCAACACCUUCUUUGAAGGCAAUGGCCCUGAGCAGAACGGGGUCCCUGACGACUCAGGUGUGUUCGAGAUUGGCUGGGAAGCCAUGGACGGUAUCAAGGGAUCUUCUAGGAAAGGGACCCAAGCUUUCGAGAAGGUUGCCGUCGUAUGGAAAGCCAUCCCGUUUGAGGGAGGGAAACCCGGAGUCAUCAUUACUGAGCCAAAAGAGGGUGAAGAAGUGAAACAGUCCUCACCUGCAGACUGGAAAGGUCGGCACCAUGUGACCCCAGACGAAGACAAGGAUAUUGGCAUGCGCAUCUCCAGCCCUACCGAUUCGAAUACCGACAUCAGCCGGGCGAGCAGCGUUAGGAGCCAAGCCAAGGAGUACAUUCCUCAUGUGCUCACAAAGCCUGGCAGAACAAGUGGAGACAGCGACACCAAGGCUGUGAGAUCGCAUGGCCCGAACGGGGAGGACGUGAUUUCCGAUGUUAGUAGCGGGAGCGGAAGCGGCCCGAACACUGUCACCCCCGCAACGCCAAGCCACCCAGAUGGUACGUUGCACAAGUCGAAUCAAGUUGUCGACGAGCGGCUGCAGUCUCCCGAGUCACACGCGAGUGGAGCAGAAGGUAUUGUCACCGGCGUGCAGCACGUCUCCACGGACGACCUCCCGGAUGGUCGACCCGAAGCAGAAAUGAAGGACGCGAAAGAGCACAAUUUGUUCCAUUUAGGCAUGAAGAAAGCUACGAGCUCAUGACCUAGUGCAUUCCGUACGAUAUCGAUGUGAGCGUUUAGACUUCCAGUUUUGGCCGGCUUUUGGGUUCAUACGCGGCAUUGCGACAUGGUCGGGGAAUAUGGUGCGGCGUAUGAGAGCUUCUCCAGCAUGUUUUCUCACACUACUUGCGUGGCGUGGCGUGGACGCAUGGACGAGGCAAAGGCGUUGGGACGAACGGGCUGACGGACCAGAAAAGCUGUUGCUUUGUACGACGGGACAUUUCCUUGAAUUAUACCACAUAUCUAUCCGGGGUUAUCCGCAUUUCAUUUCUUUCGCGCCUAUCUCAAUAUUGCUGCAAGAUCGUGGUUCCAAUACUGCUCCUGCACUCUGCGCCUUGUCAGCGUCCGAAAGUGAGGC